AGUCUCAUUCGCCCUCAUCAAUGACGUAUGAAGAAAGAGCCGGAAGAGUCCGUUCCGUCCAAAAUGGCCUACCAGACUUUACAGCAGGAGUAUUUACAAAUUCCAGUGGUGACCAGAGCUUAUACAACCGCGUGUGUCCUCACCACGGCUGCAGUGCAACUAGAGCUCAUUACACCUUUCCAGCUGUACUUCAACCCCGAUUUGAUCCUAAGGAAUUACCAGAUAUGGCGGCUAAUAACCAACUUCCUUUUUUUUGGCCCAGUUGGCUUCAACUUCCUGUUCAAUAUGAUUUUUUUAUACCGAUACUGUCGUAUGCUUGAGGAGGGGUCUUUCAGGGGACGCACUGCCGAUUUUGUGUUCAUGUUCCUUUUUGGUGGGCUUCUGAUGACUAUAUUUGGCAUUUUUGUGAGCCUGGUUUUCCUAGGACAGGCUUUUACCAUCAUGUUGGUAUAUAUCUGGAGCCGACGAAAUCCCAAUGUCCGCAUGAACUUCUUCGGCCUGCUCAACUUCCAGGCCCCCUUCCUACCGUGGGUGCUGAUGGGAUUCUCCCUGUUGCUGGGCAACUCCAUCAUUGUGGAUCUAUUAGGUAUUGCUGUAGGUCAUGUGUACUUCUUCCUGGAGGAUGUGUUCCCAAACCAGCCGGGUGGUGGGAGAUGGCUCCGGACUCCCUCAAUCAUGCAAGUUUCUACUCUUUCCAGACCUGUCUUAUCCCUUGGGUACCGAUAACACAAUUUUACACUUUCGAGACGCGUACAGUCUAUCCACAAAGUUCAGCUGUGGCGUGCUGAUGACAUGCGGAGCGCUCUCGUUUGACACAAAUCAAGACAAUGUGCGUCUUAACCGCCAGCAUACGAGAAGCCGUCAUGCCUUCCGUGAAACCGGGAUUCUCUCAACAUCAAGAAGGAAGGACACGAGGGGCCCAAAAGAAGUCCUAGUGCACUGGUUCCCAUGCCCAUCAUGAGAAAAAGAUCUGCCCCCCCCUCGGACCCUCAAGAGAAUUUCAGUUUGGCUUUAACUACAAAUUAACCUGUUAAGUCAGUCAUGGUUUGUUGUUGAAAGAUGCUGUUUGACACUCCAGAGGAAGAUGCCAACUACAACCCCCUCCCUGAGGAGCGUCCAGGGGGCUUUGCCUGGGGGGAGGGGCAGCGCCUUGGAGGAUAACGAAGUCAUUCACCCCACCCUUUGUCACGAGGCCACUUUUAAGGUCAUUCCCCCAGAGAGCGAUGAAGGGAAAUACAUGGCCUUUUUCCACUUGUUUCUUGAGUUCCAGAAAAAUGAUGCCAAACGUACUGAACUCAGUGUGAAAUGUCCACCUUUUGUCAUUGUACAUGGCUUACAUCAUCCUCAAAAACUCUUGUUAAUGCCACGUAUUUGGUAGAGGGCUGCUUGAAAGGAAAGGAGCCUGAGGACGUUGGAUGGUGAGCUUGUUGACAUUUGUCUUCACAUCAGCAAUGAAUUGGGGAGAAAAUGACACCAGUAGAUAGCUGAAUGAAUCAUUAAGAAGCAGUGUCGUUUAUUUUUCCUAUUAUAAAUAAUAAAGGAGUGUGGCAAACCACUUGCUUAUAUUUCAUUUGACAGUAAUGAUAUUCCAUGAGCUCCAAGGUGACUCGUGUUUCAAGAGAUUAUGCACAAGGUUUUU